GAGGCCCCGCCCCUUACAUCCAAGGGGCGUGCCCUUUUGAGCCUGACCCCGCCCCUUUCUCCCGCGCAGGAGGGCCGCCUCCUCCUAUUGGACGCCGACGCCGCCCUCUGCGAGUGCCACCUGCUCUGCUCCUGCGGCGCCGCCUGCGCCAACCGCGUGGCCCAGAGAGGACUCCGGACCCAGCUGCAGCUCUUCCGCUCCGCCAAGAGGGGCUGGGCGGUGCGCGCCAUGCAGGACCUGGCCCCUGGAGCCUUCCUCUGCCAGUACUUCGGGGAGUUGGUUUCGGAGGAGGAGGCGCGGAGGAAAGAGGAGGAAAAGGGGGCUGCCCCUGGAUACUGCUUUCUGCUGGGCGCCCAGGCUGGACGCGGGUGCUGCCUGGACGGGCGUCGCUAUGGCAACGUGGCCCGCUUCCUGAACCACUCCUGCCUCCCCAACUUGGUGGCACUUCCGGUCUUCACGGGGCUGGAGGUCCCCGGAGUGGCCUUCUUCGCCGGCUCGAGGGGCGUCCGGGCAGGGGAGGAGCUUGGGUUCGACUACGGAGACGAUUUCUGGGCGGCGCAGCGGAGCCGAGGAGUGUCCUGCCUCUGCGGGGAGGCCGUGUGCAGAUACUCUGACACUCGGGAAGCCCCGCCCCCUCGGGAAGCCCCGCCCCGCGGCUUCGGUUUCAAGACCCUCCGCGCCCCGCCCAUCGCCGAGAUCCACAAAAAGGCAGAAAAGAAGAGGAGGGGCCUCGGCUUGGCUCCGCCCCCCAGGGCUCCUGCGGGCCAAUAAAAGUCUGCUGAAGGAA